CGCUGCUCUUGCUCCCUCGCUUCGCUCACCGGUUGCCGCGUUUAUCAUUCUAGUUUAGGCCGGUACGUGAGGCUAACAUAUUUUUUUUGACGCCCUUGCAAAUUAAUUCUAUUCAAAAAUGGAAUCUUUCUGCGGCAAGAAGUACAAGAUGAUCUCCUCGGAGAACUUUGAUGAGUUCAUGAAGGCCAUUGGCGUAGGCCUUAUUACCCGCAAGGCGGCGAACGCAGUAACCCCUACUAUUGAGCUACGCAAGGACGGAGACCAUUACAUACUGGUCACAACAUCCACCUUCAAGACCAGCGAGAUAAAGUUCAAACCCGGAGAGGAAUUCGACGAGGAACGCGCUGACGGUGCCAAGGUAAAGUCAGUGUGCACCAUCGAGGGCAACACGCUGAAGCAGGUGCAGAAAGCUGCAGAUGGCGUAGAGGUCACUUUUAUCAGGGAGUUCGGCCCUGAGGAAAUGAAGGCCGUAAUGACCGCCAAAGAUGUCACCUGCACCCGGGUUUACAAGGCGCAAUAAGCGAGCUUCAAAGACUGCGGGCGCAGCCCUACAACUUGUCCUAUUAAUAUAUAGCACAACUAUUCAUUAAAUUAUGUUUAUUUAGUUUCGUAUUUCGUAUGAUAUGGACGUCGCUUGACUUAAAAUAUUAAUUGCGAAUAAACUGUAUCAUGAAUUCAUUUACGGCUUUACUAUGUUGUACGAAACUUUAUAUUUAUACAUAGUCUGGUUUAUGGGACCCAGUAUUCACUAAUAUGCGCAAGUGACGUCAUAGUCAAUAUAAAUAAGCAUGUAAAUUUGGUUUUUAUUGCAACGUCC